AAGCGGUGCAGGCGGUGGAGACGUCAAACGCAGCAUUCGCACCACGCCCGAUGAACGGAGGGUCAUACACCGCUAUGCCACUCAGGUGACAACGAAAUGGCGCCAGUCGAGCUCAGCAAUCUGUCCAGCAAUUGGAAGAAGCUGCAGCAGACUCUUCAGGCUUCAAAACCCAUCGCAUCCCCGAAGGCUUCGCAACCGGAGAAGCAGAACUCACUGAAGCGAAAAAGGCCUGUUAAGGUCGACGGAGAGCAUGCUUCGAAGUCUCUGAACCAGUCAGGGAAGAACAUACCAUAUAGGCAACCAUCAUCGCGGAAGAGGCAAAAAAUGGAGGAACCAGCUUCAAUCGGAGCCUCGAUCAAGCACCAUGGCCAGAAGACGCUCUCCCGGAGCGUUUCGAUGCCCUCGCUCAAGCAGGCACCACUUCUAUCCUCUUCCAAGAAGGCUGCCGAAUCCAUCUCCGUCCUGACGCCCUCCGCCGACUUCCCCGACAUCGAGAACGGCGGAAUCUCCGACACCGCACUGCCAGGAAAAUACAUAGCACUAGACUGCGAAAUGGUGGGGACGGGGCCAAUGCCUGACAGGGACUCUGCACUGGCACGAGUCUCCGUGGUGAACUACAAGGGCCACCAAGUCUACGAUUCCUACGUGCAGGUCAAAGUCCCAGUGACAGACUACCGCACCGCCGUAUCUGGCAUCGAACCGAAGCACCUCCGAAGAGACGUCGCACGCCCCUUCAAAGAAGUCCACAACGACUUGAAGAUCCUUCUCGAAGGACGCAUACUCGUCGGUCACGCUGUGAAGAACGAUCUCGACGUGCUAGUGCUCAAGCACGACAAGCGAUAUAUAAGGGACACGUCGAAGUACUCCAAGUUCAGAGAGUUGGCGUCAAUACCCGGCCGCACGCCGAGCUUGAAGCAUUUGGCGGAGAGGCUGCUAGGUGUGGAUAUCCAGGUUGGGGCGCAUAGCUCGGUGGAAGAUGCUAGGGCGACUAUGGCGCUGUUUCGGCUGGAGAAGGAGGGGUUUGAUGCGGAGGUUAUUAAAAGGUAUGGACAUAUUAGGGUGGAUGCGCCCGCUGCCGAGGUGGAUGUUGGAGGCGGGGAGCAGGUGAAGAGGAAGAACAGGAACAGGAAGAAGAAGAAAAAGAAGAAGCAUUGAGAGGGCAGGUCUCUGGGUGGUGUGCUUGGUUUGAGGCUCGGCCGCGCAAUUCCUUUUUGGCGUAUGAUACAGAUACCCUGUUGAAAAGUUUUGGAGCACCACCGUCUGUGAACGAUGCUGAUUGAGGUCAAUAAUGCUAGGUGAACUGAGGCAGACAGCGUUUUUGCUGUUCAUUGUAGGCACCGGCAUACCCUUCUUCAAAUCAUUCGAAUACAAAGUAGAUUUUAUUACAGUCUAUUCCUCCG